CAGGUGAACCAUCCCGUCGUCUACCUAAGGUACCUACCUACCUGCCUGAUUCAACUCUUCCACAUCUUCUCAGACUUUUCCAACUUCACUUCCUUUUCCUCCGCUUUCACCUCAUCAUCUCUUGUUUGAGAGCACCUUCUCGUGUCUGAAUCAUCGCUUCCUUCGGUCUGCUUGCGUACACGUUCUCAAAUCGUUGGUGCACUGGUUCUUCCUGAAGAGACCUCUUAGUGUCAGCAGCAUGGGUCGUUGGGGAUUCCGUCUUUUCGAGGGCGACGGAGAUCUUGACAUCGUCGCCGCAAUUCGAGAAACUCUCGGCGACGGUCUAGAUCUCUACUACUUGAUCAAUAAAACGGAUAUGUUGGCUCCCGUGGAAAUAAGAGAAUUCUAUCAAACUGAGGAACACGCGCAGGGCAUCCGCGCCCUUGUCGUGAAGAUUCGAGAACGACUUGACUUCGGAGUUGGCGACAAGCUCCUCAAGAAGUAUCGCGCUCUUGAGCACAAGCAUCAAGGCCAGUACCAGACCAUUGUGAUCGGCGCCUUGAUGAUGCGUGCUGGAGCCAAGAUCAAGGCCGACGACUUGCAGCAUCUGCGCGACCUCGUUCCCAAGGUCCCCUGCCAGUAUCGCUUUGCCCUGCCGAUUAAGGACUUUGGUUUCCGUGACCCCGGCAAGGCACAGUUUCUUGCUGCGCUCGACAACUACCAGUCGGGAACGCCCCGAGACUUUCACGAGCCAAGGCAGGUCUAGGCAGGUCUCCCAAAUGAGGUAUCAACUGACAGACUGGUCUUAGCUGCUUCCAAUGCGGCAAGAUGCAGGAAGACCACGGAAUCAAGUUGAAGAAGUGCGGUCAUUGCCAGGCGGCUUGGUACUGCGGCAUUGACUGCCAGAGAGCCCAUCGGAAGAUUCACAAGGUUUCGUGCAAGACCUCUCGGGAGAAGGUUCUUGCCAAUGUCUGAACCGCAUCACAUGAUGAGCCUAAACCAGCCUUCAUCACUCUGACAGGGCCAUCGGAACUGAUAUUUCCCUGCGUUUUAUAUGUCCUCGGGUGGGCAGCACGAGAUGUUGGCUUACGAUUAGGGCGAGAUGUGACGGAAGGUAUGAAAGAAAACGGAUCUUUCUCGCACAGGUCCAGUCCAGAUGCUGGAUUCGAAUCGUCAGAUGAGUUAG